AGGGUACCAGUGCAGAGGACGGUACACCUAUUCAGCAGCAACCUGUGUCGAGAGCACUUGUUUUGAUGCUACCUGCGUGCUAGCGAGUCCAGAUGCUUGCUAGACGAGCCUUCCCUUCUGUUUUGUUGGCUUUUGUUGUCUUCAGACUUUCAGGUGCACAGCUGGAUGAAGAGCGAGGCCGUUUCCUAGGUGCCCUGAGCACCAUCACGCACCUCUCGAUCGUCACCACCACGUCCACCAUCCCUUACACCUGCUACACUUCGUUCGCCACCACCACGUGCGGCAGGAGGAAGAGAUCCCUUGGACAACUCUUACCUCAUGACGGAAGGUUGCCCACUGCCCCAGCACUGAGCGGAUCGCUGUCUGAGGCCGCCCAUGUAGUCCAGACACGCGCGGCGGUGACCGAGGAACACGUCGGGGAAAGAAAAGGACGCUUCGCGGUGACGGUGUGGACUUCAGUAACUACCACGUACACGAUGAUCAUGACGACUACUAACUUGUCGACGACAUAUUCUGUGUCCAUCUUGUGUAGUGUGGCCGGGGCGACGUUCCCUAAUACGUGCGGGUGAUUAAAGGAAGGUAAAGACUGAUGGAGCAAAAUGUGGGCUAGCGAUUUUCGAUUCCAAGUCUAAAUUGAUUGAAUGUAUUUACAUUAAAACACAUUGUUUCAUCGUCCAUUUUUGACGUUUAGAGUGAGUAAUUGUAAUUCAACAUUUACUCGGAUAAUCUAAAAAAUCAUACAUUUUGAAAUAACGCAUAUUUUCGGUUGAAAGGUAAAUUGGCAAGGCAGUAGAUUAAAAUUCAAUCAACAAGAAAAUCUCAACAUUUCGCUACCAAAUUCAAGGCAAAUAAAAUGCAUUUCGAA